AUGUCUUCUUGUGAUCACUGCAAAAAACGUUUUUUAGGAUACCCAGAAACGUUCUGUAGAAGAAAAUUUAGACCUCAGCAAGAAUGUGAAAACCCGGCCAUUCGGGAAUUUCUUCAAGAUAUCCAAAAAAACUCGGCAUUUUGUAAUAAUUUUAUCGAUUGGGUCCCAGAUACUGAUGUAAAUUAUGAAAAAUCACAUAGAAAGAACGAAUUUUCAGAGGUAUUUCUGGGAAAAUGGAUGCCAUUAUCGAGCCUAAAUAUUGUUCUUAAAGUUUUAAGAGAUUCACGAAAUAUUGACCAUAAGUUUCUUAAUGAGUUCAGAAUACAUCAUCAAUGCCUUGGAAAAUGUGCUAUACCUUUCUAUGGAUUAACAUUAUAUCCGAAAACUCUGGAUUAUGCGAUGAUAAUGAAGCGUGCUGUUCAUGGUGAUUUAUGCAACUAUAUUCAUACUCAUAAAUUUCAACUCUCAUGGGCAGAAAGAAUAAAAAUACUUGUAAAUAUUACAAAAGCUUUAGAGCAUCUUCAUAGUCUAGAUUUGAUUCAUCACGAUUUUCACUGUAAAAAUAUUCUUGUUGAUGAAGAUGAUAAAAUAUUUAUUUGUGAUUUUGGGCUUUCUCGGGCUAUAAAUUUACAAACAGGUGUUUUGCCUUAUAUUGCACCUGAAGUUCUCCGUGGUAAACAAUACACAAAAAAAUCAGACAUUUAUAGUUUAGGUAUAAUCAUUUGGGAAUUGACUUCAUUCACUCGCCCGUUUAAUAAGGAAUUUCAUGAUGUUAAUUUGGCUCUUAAGAUUGUAAUGGGCGGUCGUCCUGAAAUCACUAAUGAUACCCCAAAACCUUAUAAAGUUGUAAUGGAAAAAUGCUGGGAUAAUGAUCCAUUAAAAAGACCAGAAACAUCAGAAUUAUUACAGAUAUUUAACGAUAUGCCAAAUGAUUUGCGACAGAAUAUAGAAACUAUUCAGAGUUUUAGAUCCAAUGACGAACAAGACAGUGAUUCUGACAUGUAUGAACAGGAAUCAGUACGAAAUAAUGGUAAAGCAGUUUUAUAG